AUGGGCUCAAACAGCACCCCGCCACCGCGCAUACGCGCUGCCCUCUUCGAUAUGGACGGCCUCCUCAUUGACUCCGAAGACCUCUAUACAAUCAUCACAAACACCAUUCUCGAACGCUAUAACCGCCCCGCACUCCCCUGGGCCAUAAAAGCGCAGUUGCAAGGGCGUCCAGGCCCGCAAUCAGGCCAAAUCUUCCAUGCCUGGGCAAAAUUACCCAUUUCGCACGAACAAUUCACGGAAGAACAGACAGAGUUACAGACAAAGCUCUUCCCGAGCACACAGCCCUUACCAGGGGUUAUGAAUUUGCUGGAAGGGCUGAGGGCGAGGGGCGUACAUAUGGCGCUUGCGACGAGCAGUCAUGCGGGAAACUUUAGAUUGAAGAGCUCGCAUCUGGGUGACUUGUUCGAGUACUUUGCACCAGAACACCAGGUCCUCGGCGACGACCCGCGGAUACCACCUGGUCGGGGUAAGCCCGCACCCGACAUCUAUCUUCUCGCCCUGUCCACCCUAAACAAGACGCUCGAGGCGCAAGGACAACCGCCUAUCCAACCCGAAGAGUGCUUGGUGUUCGAAGACAGCGUUCCGGGCGUCGAGUCAGGGCGACGAGCGGGCAUGCAGGCGGUAUGGUGUCCACAUCCAGAGCUGUUGGUGGAGUAUAAUGGCAGAGAGAAAGAGGUGCUAGCAGGAUUGACUGGAGAACAUAAAGGGGAUGAAGAGCAACAGUUACAGAAAACGGAGAAGGCUGUGCAAGGAAAGAGGAGAGUUGGCAUGCCUGGUGAGAUUGAUGAUGGGUGGGCACGGUUGCUGAAGAGCUUGGUAGACUUUCCAUAUGAGAGUUUCGGGAUACAAAAGGGACCAAGUCGUGAGGAGCUGGUAUAG